AUGGACGUGACAAAUGUUACUGAAGACGGAAAAGGGAAAAGAAUUCCAGAUCUUUUCUGUUCAGCGCAAUUCACUGAAGGGAUGCAUGGCGAGCUAAUCUUUCUUUCAGUUCUAAAUAUUAUUCUGUCCAUUGCAGCAUUUCUGGGGAACACACUGAUCCUAGUUGCUCUACACAAGGAGACUUCACUACACCCACCGUCCAAACUUCUGUUUCGUAACCUAGCGAUAACGGAUCUCUUUGUUGGUAUUAUUGUAGGGCCUUUGGCUGUAACUUAUCAGACCUCUGUUGUGAACAAGCUAUGGAAUAUUUGCCAUUACACGUAUUGGUCAAGAACUAUCUCAGGCAUCAUUUUGUGUUCGGUGUCAUUGUACACACUAACUGCAAUAUGCGUGGACAGACUUCUUGCUCUGUUGCUAGGGCUAAGAUACAGACAAGUUGUAACUUUGAAAAGAGUAUGCAUAAGUUUGAUUGUUUUUUGGCUUUUGUCUAUUGUUUCUUCAUUUAUCGUGGCUGGAAUUGAAAUAAUUUCGUGGCUUGCAAGAGUAGGUUUUAGUCUGUGCCUAGUGACCUCAACUUUAUCUUACAUAAAAAUUUUCUUCACUCUGCGU